AUGAAGGCUCGACUUGUGCAGAGACAUAUCACUAAUAAUGUGUCUUGCCAGAUUUGUGGGGCUGAAAGUGAAACGAUCAUUCACUCUUUGUUUAAAUGCUCAGCUGCUCAGGAAAUAUGGGAUCAUAGUGAUCUGCUAGAGUAUUUGGUUGAUGCUCAUACUGAGUCUUUCGUGGCAAGGUGGAACUGGCUCUAUGGCAAGGUGGAAGGGAAGGUGCUUAGGCGUAUGACAACUUUGAUGUGGGUUGCUUGGCGUUGCGAGAACCUUAUUUUCUUUGAGAAUGAGCACCCGAAUGUUGUCAUGCUUGCUGCAGAUUAUUGUAGGCUGGUGGAUGAUUAUAUGGAGUAUGCAAAGAAGGUGUUUUUCCCUGCUACCCCCAACUACUAUUGGCAGCAACAAUUCUGGAAAUGUCCCCCUCGAGGAUGUAUCAAGGCGAAUGUCGAUGCUUACGUUCCUGCAGUUGACAAAGCUGGACUUGGGGUGGUCCUUAGGGAUGAAGCUGGCAGCAUUGUAUUAACAACAACAAAGAUGGCAGAGCUUGCUACCCCUGAGUGUGUUGAAGCCCAAGCAAUGAGAUACGCCCUGUCCAUUACAAAACGGAUUGGCUACAUUAAUCUUUGGAUCGUGUCUGAUGUUGUCAAUGUUAUAAAAACCAUCACUCUCGAGUCACAUGGUCGAUCCCUAAUUCAUCUCAUUUAG